AGGCAUACCUCUCUUUUCUCCAUACGUAAUGCUUCCGUCAUUGCCUUUGCGUCUCUAUGCAUGCUCGAGCACACACCUAGGCUCAAUUAUGAAAUGCGAUAUCUACUUUUACUUCAUCAGUGUCAGGGAAUAAUGCACAUUUUAGUGAAGAGUCGUUUGUUUCUGGGAUAAUGGAAUCAACUUGUCAUAUAGAAGUGUAAGUAGAUAUAGGUGUAGGUUUGAAGGCCCUUCACUAGGGCUCGGGCUACUGAAGACGUCGUGCUUUGAAAUGACAAGUACGCGGGAGCGAGUUGUCUAAACAGCCUUCCUUCAUAUGUGAAUGAUAUCCAAGGAAAUUACCGCCUAAUUUUCAACAAUCAUUUAGUGUAAAAGAUUAAGUGCCUAAUAAUAAGCACACUAUAACAAGUACAAGUGAAAAAAUGGCAGUAUCGUCUACUGCUGUGCUUCGAAAGGAGGAGGCGGGAGGCUGCUGUGGCCCAAAGCGUGGCCCGCCAAUUCAAGUGGCCGUCAAUGGUGACACACUGUGGCUUGGAACGCAAGGCCCGAUAUCGGUGUCCACUUCUGUGCAUGAGAUAAGUGCUGGCAAGGACUACGUCUCGUUCAGGAUAGACCUGGGGAAGCCAGUGCGCUACACCGGUCAAGGAGCAGCGGGCGUGGGCCAGGCGAUGACCGCAAUACUCAGUAUUCUCUUUAUUUACAACAUCGAUUUCAAUGCAUGAUCUGGUACUGGUUUAUGCUGAGGCGUAAAAAGUUGAUUGUCACGAUGAUUUCUCAUUUUUCUAAGAACGUCAGACAAUGUUAUUACCCUGAUGCUGACCCACACAAAUAAAGGACGAUAAUGUGCUGAGAUACAUCAGGAAUUGUCUGUUGGUCGGCAGUCAAGCUCUCGGUCUCGACCCUUCUAGAAGGAGCCUUAGUUGGGUUGUGUCGACCGCAAACAAUACCGACCGUUCUUCUAUUUCGAGAUUGAUCUUGUGCACUUCCAUUUCGAGAUCGAUGUUGUGAGACACGUUUUCUGUCGUCUAUCUUGACGAUUCGACUCCAGGUAAACCUCCGGCAGCAGCAGCAGCGCCGGCCAUUAGGUCAUCCCAGCGGUCGUCGGUGCGAAGCAGCUACAACAAUGUAGCGCAGGAUGCGGCGUAUGUCGAUAGUGGCGAGUAUGGAUACCACGAUGACCAUGACGACGCCGGUGAUUAUGGGUACAACGGGGAGGACGCGGGACAGCAUGGCGGUUUCACUGGUGGGGACGGCAACGACUUCGGUGUAGAGGCACGCGAUACUUACGAAGCUGGAGGCGGCGAGGCGCAGGAUGUCUCGGAGCAGCCGCAAAAAGACAGCAAGACCGAGGAGGUCGCGGGAGAGGACCUGAUAAACGAAGUCUACGACCUGGUAAGUGUCUACCACGCGAUGAAAGUCGACUACGUAUCUGCACUGUCACGCAAAGCCGAAGCAGAGGCCGCUGGAACUUCAACAAAACAAACCGAGGAAAGUAUCGGCAUCAUUCUCAUGGGGAGAAAAUCUCUCUGCCAAGAUCUAGAGUACUACACACACCAGCUGGAAUGGGAACUCGAACACACCACGUCCGACACCGGCUCGGAGGCAGUCCGUCAAGCCAAAGUACUUCUCAUAUUCAAUUUUUCAUUUCUGUACUAGGAAUAUGAGGAGGCCACCAGGUGGUAAAAUCAAAAAGAAGGGAAAGAAGCUGAAGUAACUUGAAUACGAUGGAUCUUCACUUGAAAGAGCUCCACUGGAGAGAGUUGUUGUAUUCAUCUCGUAAAUGUAGAAAGAGAUGAAUUAGGCGACGAUGUCGCUGAAGUGCUUUUUCGCACCAAGCGUUCUUUAGCAUGAGCACUUCUUUUUGUAAGCUUCUUUUCCUACAUGUGAAGACAUGAAAUCAUUGUGUCUCAUUGUUUUUCAGGUCUGUCUCGCGGAGGACGAAACGUUUAACGCAGGACACAGCAUAGACGCGAAGACAGCACAAAAAACCGUGAGGAGGAGUCAACAGGCAGCUGCGGAUGCAGAAAAGAUGCGUGCGGGGGACCAAGUUGCGCCAAACAAUGUGAAUGUACCUACUUUGACUAGAGUAGAAAUGCUUAUUUUUGGCCAGAUAUAGAGAGAUAAAGAUCAGGAUCUUGCGUCCAUAAUGGGUCGCUACAUCGGUGCUUGUACAGUGCGAGAACAACCCUGUUGUUGUGAAGACCAUUCAUAGUAUGAUGAAUUUAGUCUGUGCCUCUGGUACAUCAGUACUGAUAAUUCAAGUAUAUGAUGGAUAUAAUGAAUGACUAUUGUUCUACUUGCCAUCACACGACGAGGAUGUUUUUUAGAUCUACGUAUCACGAUUCAUGACUCAAUCCGUAUUCGUUCCACAGCUGUCAUUGGCGCACGAGAGUUACGAGGAGGAAGAGGGGGCUUUAGCGGAUAUACGAGCCAUGAUCGGGGAUGACCUGGACAACUUCGAUACGCACUAUCGCACCGUAGUCCACGGCUUUGAGGAUAAGGUAAAAAUUGUUCUAUAUUCUGUUUUGCGUUGACGUCGAUCUGGUACUUCUUGUGCCACUAUACAUUGCUUAUGAAUCAAUGUGGAGGAAUACAAAUAGACACUGCUCGAAUUCUAUUCGAAUCGUCAGAUUGUAUCGAUUUCUUCUCUGUCACCAUGCAUCAGGUAUUGCCAGGCACGAUCGGACGAAUAUUGAAGGAUAGAAACGAGAAGGGCUGGAUUUUAGUGGAAAGUGAACAAGGCGGCGAGGCUCACUGGGUUCCGUCCUGGGUGAUGUCACGAGGAUUUUAUCGAGCGACAGCUGAUCACCAAGGCGUCAUGGCCGAUGGAGACCUCGUAGAGUAUCUCAAGGGCCCGAUUGAGGGCUGGUGCCUCGUUCGAAACGUCACGCGCGGUGAGGUGCAAGCGGAUUGGGUCUUGCAGGCAAGCCUGCCAGACGAUGCUGUCGAGGUGAAACCAAGACGAAGUCAAGGACCUGUACUCAGUUAUUUUGUCAUACAGACACUACUGCAGUGAGACCGGCUAUAGAGAAGCAAAUUGAUUCUUCAACGAUAGACUUCGACUUUCCUUACUUCCAUUGUCGUGAUGUUGAGUCCUGGUUUUUUGGAUGCCAAGAAAUGUAGAUAUCCCUCAUCCUUUGUCAUCGUCGGGAAUCAAAAUGAAAGCAUCCUCGAUUGACUAUCCAAAACUUGUCGCAGGUCGUUUUCAACGCCUAUCACGACUACACUAGCAAAGAUGGGAAAGUGAGUUUCAAGAAAGGAGCGGAACUCCAGCAGCUCUCUGACCCGACGCGUGGGUGGGUGCAAGUGCUCUUGCUCGGGUCGAACCGGAAGGUGUACGCGCCCUACUGGGUGCUCCCGCAUAGCAUGCGUCCCGCGAAGGACGAGCAGGAAAAAAAACCAGCCGAAAAGAAGUCAGCAAGGGAGGUCGUAGGAGACACUGAAGACGAUGGCGAUGUCAAGGAGAGUAAGCCAAGCAAGGAGACCCAGUCAGCCAAGAAGACCCAAUCCGCCAUCCAAGGCGACUUUCAAAAGCCAGCAAUAUCUUCGGUGCAGCUUGACAGUACUACAACUAGCCAGAAGAAAAAAUCGCAAAAAACGGGUGCUAAAGAGAAGCAUAAAACGACGUCGCAGGUGAAACGAUAAGGUGAUUGCAAAAAUCCAACGUGGCUAGGUGACACGUACACACAGCACACAGGUCUGACGUUAUCUCCAACUCAUCGAACGAAAUGAAAGUUACCCCACUUGUACAGAAUCUUGAAGCACCGAGUUUAAAUGCUUAUCUUUAUCACGCACUCACACAAUUUAGCUUCUCCACUACACUUUCCUUCAUAUCCUCGUAGGGGACAGCUCCUGACCAACCUUGUAAAUUACCUAGGGAAAUUAAACUAGCGUCCUCCUGUUAAUUUAGCGCAGAUGAACCAUAACCAACUCGUUGAAUUUUAAGUCCAUCCAUCUAACAUAAUUCCAAGUCGAGGAGAAGUGACCGUCACCUACGUACAUAGCAUAAAUCUUCAUGAACCCUUAUACCUCGUCCAGUAUUGCCUAGUAGGCAUGGUGCUUGCAUCUUUGCCAUCUGAAUAUUAGUGCAUAGCAUUAUCUUAUGGGAAUCUAGAUUGGUUGGGAUAGUGAAAGUCUACCGUUAAUCUUCGCAUCCAUCGACGUCUAACGAGCCGUCCGGUAGUACUACAUUCGUAUUCCACUUACACGGAUAGAAGUAAAUUCGUAGCAUAACCAAGAUUCCGAGAAUCCCUACUCUUCGGAGCCCGAACAAAGCUGUGCUUGUCACAGACAUGCUGCAAACCAGCGUUGAGACAGAAAUCGUAACAGUUUCAUUCUGUAUGUGUACCUCAGUCUUGGUGAAUUCGUUUCUGCUUUUCUCGUAUCCUCGAAACGAACCCAGCAAUGCAUGGCAAUGAUACAAAUUAAUGCGCAAGAUGAACUGAGAAGCGAGGGUCUUGAAAGCUGAGUAAUCAUUCACUGACACCAGGAGAAAAAUAAGGUAGCAGACACUACGACUGCCGUCGUCGAUGCCAAACUUAUUUGCAGGGUAUACUAAUGAAACUUCUUGUUCAUAUUCAUGCAUGGCACAGCGACAUUGUCGCUGAGUGGGGUUGGCCUCUUGCCAGUACCAGUUGAGGAGCUAUGAACCGCAAGAACACAAGCAAGAAAGGCCUAAAGCCAACUCAUUCGGCAUUCUGUGGGCAGGGUGGAGUCAACUGCCGGACAAAAA